UUUCCGCCAUUUCUAAUCUCACUGGGUUUACAGAAUAUCCAUACGCAGGUGAAGAAAGGGAAAGGAAAGGAAAGGAAAGGAAAGGGAAGGAAAUAAACUUGGGCUUGCUUUACUCGUGUAAUAACAAACCCCCAUGUCGUCUAAUAAUGUGUCCGUAUCGGCGGCCUCCCCGCGCAAUGCGACGAAACGUCUGCUGAAGGAGCUCGCCGUCUGGGAGAAGGAGGCGCCGAACGAGACGGGGAUCGAGCGCCUGGGCCCGGUGAGCGAGGACGAGCUAUUGCGUUGGGAAGCCGUGAUCAACGGACGGGGUAUAGGAUCCGGCUACGAUGAAGGCCGUUGGCUCCUCAGCAUAUCGAUCCCGCCGUCGUACCCGCUGCAACCGCCCAAGAUCUCCUUCGAGACGCCGAUCGUGCACGCCAACAUCGCCUUCCGCAGCGGCGAGAUCUGCCUCGACCUGCUGAAAGAGGCGUGGACGCCGGCGUAUAGCGUGCUGGAGUGCGUGCGCGCCGUGCGGAUGCUGCUCAGCUGCCCCGAGACUGACAGCCCGCUCAACGUCGACGUCGCGGCCCUCAUACGCGGCGGCGACGUCCUGGGCGCCCGGCGUCUGGUCGAGUUCUGGGUCCGUGACGAGGCGGGACGAUACGAGGGCAGGUAGUAAGGGACGGAAUCUACCUAGGGUUUUUAAGUACCUAGGGAAGCGAAAGGAGAAGAGGAAGGAUGAUGAUGAUGAGUUGAUUGGCGGCUACUAUUAUGAAAGGAGACUGGUUUAUAAUCAUUUACGAACGGCAAACGGGAGAAAGGUGCAGGGUGACAAACAAGCUCGAACAUAGGACUCGAUGAUGAGGUAAAGGCGCUACAUAUUUGCACUUGCGGCUUGCACUUGGAAAGGGAUACGGUCGUCAGGGCCGUAGAUAAUUGGGAUGAGACACGGUGGCGUUUGUUGGAUUGCGAGAUCUUGGACUGCUGUCUCCAAUAUGUGACCUUGGUAUCGAACUGCUCUCUUAAAUUGAUGAUGACACGCCAUUCAUCUUAUCGUUU